ACAAAGCUGCCUCAGCCUACAAAACCAGCGCCUACAGGGCCCACCAUCACCAGGACAGCCCGGAACUCAGUGACACCUGCCCGCCAGGCACCUGCAGGGCAGGAGGUACUGCACAGGUUCCAGCAGCAGUCGGUGCGCCUGCUGACUGAGCUGCUUCGUCUGAAGAUGAGAGCUCUGAAGGAGGCUGCAUCCGGUGUCAAUCCCAUGGACGUCAACCGGCGCUUUGUGAAGGCCAGCGAGCGCCUGCACAUCAGUGCCAAGCAGGUGGCCUUCGACUCCCUGAUGGGCACCGCGGGGAGGAGCGGCUACAUUGAGGGGGAGAUGGGGCAAAAGCUCCCCAUAAACAUCUCAGUCACGGGUUUGAACUCGCCCUAUCAGCUGAUCUACCGGUCUUCUACAAACUGCCUGAGCUUCUCCCUAUCCACAGGGAAGGAAACCAAGAAGAAAGCAGGUAGAUCAAAGAUGCUGGAAGAUGCAUACAGCACAUCCCCCUACCUGCACACAGUGGGCACCUCUCCUGACAACACCAUGGAGUUCAUCGAUCCCUGCCCCGAGGCCCACGAGAAGCUGCAGGAGAUGAGUCGCCUCGUAGAGGCUGAGAAGGCCCUGUGGAAAAGGCGAAACGUCUUCUAUCCCACGUUUUUUCUCAACUACAAGGCAAAGACGCCCUCUCAGCCAGUGUUGGCUGCCAGAGGGGACUUGCAGGGCUCAGGUGCCCAUGCAAGUGUCCACGCCAUGGCACUGACAUCUGCAUCCUGCUCUCACCAGCCUUCUGUCCAGCGGAGCCAGCAUGCACAGGACUGGAAGACAGCAAAGAAGGCCUCCAAGAUGCACUAUGCCUUCCACGACGGGUCUUCCUCUGUAUGCCCCUUCGUCUUGGUCUUGGAUGAGGAAGGCAGGACCACCUAUGACCACAAAGGCUAUGUGGUCCACAAGUGGAGCUGGAUGUCCAAGACAGAGACCUUGCUCUCCCUAGAGUACAAGGUGAAUGAGCAGCUGAAGCUCAAGGUGUUGGCGCAAGACUCCAUCGUGGUCACCUUCACAUCCCUGAAUGAGACAGUGACACUCACUGUGUCAGCCAAAAACUGUCCCCACAAGAUGGCACUGGAAAAGCAG